AUGGCGUCCAAUUCAACAACGACAGGUGCGCCCGCGGCUACAACUACGGCCUCCGGCGAUUCCGGGGGCUCGGGUGCGACAAGCUCGCCUCUGCUAUUCUUCGUCGCCCUGGGUUUUGGUGUGGUGUUUACCAACCUUUGGAUCAUCGUUGGCGUCAAGUACUGCUUCCGUUACAAUCAACGCAACCGCCAAUUACGGAAUGAAGAAACAGGGGAACCCAUCGAUCUGGCAAACUUGCCUCGCACGCACCGACGGCGACGCGAGAAGAAGCUGAUGACAAUGGACGAAGUCAACGAACGCUUUCCUUUGGUCAAAUACAAAGUCUGGAGAUCCUCUCGCGCCAACGAAGGAUUACCAACAGAAGGCGGCAUUACCGCUCCCAAUACCAGACCACAAAGCUUGAGGGACGAGGAAAUUGAUACUAUGCCCGCACCCGUCCCGACUUCUAUUCCCGACGCUUCCAGAGCCUUGAAUGAAGAUGCGCAGUUGACGGAUGCGCCGGUGAUAAUCGUGCAAAAGGAUGGGGCGGAUGCAAGCGCUCGUCCAGUGGAUAUGUUGACGGACACGGCCACGUCUGCCCUUGCAGAGCCGAACGCUGGCGUGGGUGCCUCUCAGGAGAAAUGGCAACAUUCGAUGAUCAAUGAGACCCAUGAGAUGGAAGAUGAGGAAGAUGGUGACCAAAUCCGUAAAGCUGUUCCUGCCGAAAUGCUUCCUGAUCCCGGGGAUACAUGCGCCAUUUGUCUGGAUACUAUUGAGGACGACGAUGACAUUCGUGGUCUCACCUGUGGACAUGCCUUCCACGCAUCGUGCGUCGACCCAUGGUUGACCAGUCGACGAGCUUGCUGCCCACUCUGCAAAGCUGAUUAUUACACCCCCAAGCCACGCCCCCAGCACCCUGAUGGAUUUGCUGUCCCUCUUUCCGGGCGCCGCACAAUGUCUACACGCCUCGAGGCUCUUGCCAGACCUCCUCGAGCUGCACGCCGUGGGAAUUCUACAAGUCUAUUCCGAUCAUCGAUGCCGUUCUCCGGUCGUCUAUUUCCGUCGGCGUUUCGCGGGCCGCAAACACAGCCGGCAGACGGCGGUAUCGUGGAACCAUCUUCGCCAGCUGAUGCCACACAGUCAUCCAGAUCACCAGCUCGACGCACCUGGGGCAGUUUCCUGCCGGCGCGCCUACGAGAUCGGUCGACUCAACCUGCAGCCCCAAGUUCAGCAACUGUGGCGCCUGUGGAGCAAACUGUCUCUGCUCCUAAUGCAUCCGCGGGACAGCAACAGGAGCGCACGCCCAGACAGCUGGAAGCAGGUGUCUAA